AUGGAUCUAAAUAAGAAGCGAACCAAAACCUUGAAGGGGAAACCGAGGUUUUCAGAUUUCAAUUUAGUACCGGAUGAUAGGGGAGCUGAUGUUCAUCCCUGGUUGAGUGUUCUCGCCAAAGCAAGAGUAGCUCAUUCCAGAAUUCUUGUAUGUGGAGGAGAUGGGACAGCAGGGUGGGUAUUGGAUGCAAUUAAGAAGCAAAGUUAUGUUUCACCCCCUCCUAUAGCCAUUCUACCUGUUGGAACUGGGAGUGACUUGGCUAGGGUUUUGAAUUGGGGUGGUGGUUUGGGGUCUGUAGAGAAACAAGGAGGACUUUGUAUGAUGUUGCAACACAUGGAGCAUGCUGCAGUUUCUAUUCUUGAUAGGUGGAAGAUUUCUAUUGCUAAUCAUAGGGGUCGACCUCUUCAUGCCCCAAAAUUUAUGAAUAAUUAUCUUGGGCCAAGUAGGUAUCUUGGACACUUAAUUGGUCAUGAAGGAGAAGGAUCCCUCUUCUAUGUCUUGAAGAAAUUAGGUUGGGCAACAAGCUUGUCUGCUGGUGAAUCAAACUGGACUGUGGAGUUCUCUUUCUUUAAAGUGGUUAUUGAAUUAACUGAUGUUGGACAUGCAAAUGCUGAACAUAUAAUUAGGCUCCUUUUCAAAUACAUUACACUCUUGCAACGAUAUGGUGUUUGCAAGUGGAUCUAUGAUGAGCUUUCUGCAAUCUGUGAGAUGACUUUUCAUUAUCAGGACAAGAUUCUUCUAAUUGAUUAUGUUGUGAAAUUUUCAUCAAAUAUGCAGUUAUACCCUUCAAAAGAUUGGCUAGUUGGAUCAUCUUUACCUUCCACUUUUUUCCCCUGAAGUUAUUCAGUUUGCACUAAGUGAGAUCACACCAAACAAUGUAAGAAACAUUUGGGAGUCAACAAACUUUGAUGGACAUACUGAGCUAACAGAGCCAUGGUAUGGAACUGCAUUUUCUGUUGAAAAAAUCACUGGCUCCACCAUUUAGGAAUGGAUGAAAAGAGCUCCUGAAGAAGACCUACAUUUUCCCUGUUAAAGU